ACACGGUCCUGUGAGGUGGAGGGAGCUCCCAGGAGCUCCUCCUAGUUGCAGCUGCAGCUCAGCAGAGAGGUUCCGUUGAGUUCUGCCUAAUUGGCAGGACGUUUCCAUGGGGUGAGGGGCAAGAUGUAUGCGGGGCAGGGGGAACAGCCACUCUGCUUCAAGUACAAGGCAGAGGCAGGGUGACAAACAGCUGUGCUCCAAGAGCCAAGGAAGCCGUGAAGAAGCUCUGCAUCUCCCUGUGAGCAGCACGCUCCAGGAAGUUCCACAGCUAAAUAAGGUGUUGGAGAGGAAAGGAGACAAACAGCUACUGUUUGUUGAGCCCGCACCCGCACUGGGCACAGGGGUAUAAAAGCCUUGAGCGGAGGGGAAGGAGUACUCCAAACCCAUUCCUCCUCCUCUACUCCUCUCCUGAAAAUCCUCCCUACCCACCCACCAUGUGCCACACCAGCUGCUCCCCUGGCUGCCAGCCAAGCUGCUCCAUGCCCGUGUGCUGCAAGCCUGUCUGCAGUGUCUGUCCUUGCUGCCGCCCGGCCUCCUGUGUGGCCCUACUGUGCCGCCCAGCGUGCCCUGUUGUGACCAGCUGCCAGGCAGUCUGUGGAGCUGGCAGCUGCUCCCCCUCCUGCUGUGUGUCCAGCCCCUGCCAGUCCAUCUGCUGCCAGGCUUGUCCCUGCAGUCCUGUCUGCUGUGUGUCCAGCCCCUGCCAGUCUGCCUGCUGUGUGCCAGUCUGCUGCAAACCUGCCGUGUGUGUGCCCGUGUGCUGCAAACCUGCUGUGUGUGUGCCAGUCUGCUGCAAGCCCAUGAUCUGUGGGGCCCCCUCCUGCCAGGCCUCCUGCUGCCAGCCAGCCUCCUGCACCUCCCUGCUCUGUGGACCCACAUGUUCUCCAUCCUGCUGCUGACCUGUCCUCCAAGCCACCCUUUCCCAUCUGUCCUGUGUGUGCGGUGAUCAUGUGAUCACGGCCAGUCUUGCAACAGGGACUAAUCUGAACUCACAUGGGCCAGUGCUGACUUUCCCUCAGUUUGCUCUGUGGAGAGGACACCAGUUGCUGACUCUCCCAGUCUUCCUCCCACCAGCUUCCUCUUUGAGGCGCUCUCCAGCCUCCAGGGU